UCUCUAGCAAAGAGCUAAAUUCCUGAAGUGAUCGAGUGUUUACAAAUAAUAUCAAGAGCACAGGUCUCUACUUUAAAUCGAGGUACAGUGCUGGCAACUCGAGUCAUUUAACCUCAAAUAUUUUCUUAGUGCAUAACGUGAAAAUUCCCUGUAAAUACGUAUUAUCAAGCGAGCGAUGGAAAGCAACGAGGACGUAAUUAGGGUAAAAGAAGAGACUAAAGAUGUAUGGCCAGAUGCCGUCGACGAAGAUAUUUUCGAUUCGGUGGACUCUUACGAUGUCAAAAAUUUUCAAACAUUCUCGUUUCAUGAACCAUCAGCAUAUAACAUGAGCGAGUCUAUGCUGUUACAGAGAAAGUUAGAUGAAGAAAUAUUUAUAGAUGAUGAGUGCGAAGAUGUUAAAUAUGAAUUGAAAUCAUUGACAACUUUCUGCAAAACAGAGUAUCAAAAUUAUCCACCAUUUGUGAAAACAGAGAACGAAAAUCAGCUCAAUGAAAUAAAUAAAAAUAUAUUCAUUGAUUUCGAGUGCAAAAAUGUUAAACCUGAAAUGAAGUUUAAAUCCACAAGCAUCUGUAAAACAGAGAAUCAAAGUUGUCUACCUAUUGUGAAAACAGAAAAUCAAAUUCAAAAUAAUUAUUUGAAUGAAGAAGAUCAGGUACUUUUGAUGCAAAACACAUUCGAUCAUAAUGAUAGUCAUUCUCAAGUAAAUUCCCCAAUGAAAGUGGCAGAAUAUGAGGUGGAAAAAUUAAGCAAAACUUCUCAAACCAAACCCUCUUAUAAGUGUAAAACGUGUCGAAAAACGUUUAAAAUAAAAGUGAAUCUAAAAAGACAUAUCAGCACGAUACACAAAAGCACAGGACCAAAAGAAUGUGAAAUUUGUCAUAAAUCAUUUGCUUACCAAAGCUACCUUAAACGUCACGUCAACGCAGUACAUAAUCGAAAUAAACCCUUUGAAUGUGAUAUUUGUCACAAAUCAUUUGGACAAAAAAAAUACCUCAAAACUCAUAUAACUACUGUACAUAUUUGCAGCAAACCUUUUGAGUGUGACAUUUGUCACAAAUCAUUUGGAGAAAAAAGUACACUCAAAAAUCACAAAAACCUAGUACAUGAUCGAAACAAACCCUUUGAAUGUAAAAUUUGUCACAAAUUAUUUGGACGAAAAAGUGAUCUAAAAUCUCACGUCAAUGCUGUACAUGUUGGUAGAAAACCUUUUGAGUGUGACAUUUGUCACAAAUCAUUCGCGAAAAAAAGUAACUUUAAAACACACAUAAAUGCAGUACAUAAUCGGAGCAAACCCUUCGAGUUUGUCACAAAUCAUUUGGAUACCAAAAUCGACUCAAAAGUCACAUAAUGAAGAUGCAUAUUCGGAGCAAACUCUAGAAGCGUACGAUUUGCCUGAAGAAAUUUAGUCGAAAUAAGAUCUCUGCAAUCGCAUUAGAAAGCUCCGCAAAUUUAGAAAAUUUUU